AUGGAGCUUCUGGAGUGUCCCAUGUGUGACUUCACCGUGCUCCAGAAAGAUGACUAUAUUCUUCAACUACACUUUGAGCAAGUGCAUACCGAGAACUCUCCUUUCGUGAUAGAAGACGACCCAGAACCGUUACCCCCUUCGUUGCCCCUCAGGCCUUCCUCACUCCGCCACGACACUGAGGUCACGCCUCCCUCUGACGACUCGGAAGAGGAGGAAAGCACUACAGUGUGCCCUGACCCCAACUGCGGCGAAAUCGUUCCUCUCUCCGACUUCAACGACCAUCUCGAAUACCACAACGCAGAAACUUUAUCAUUUGACGAGACUACAGGAAAGUAUCAUUCUCAUCAUUCAUCCGCUACUAUGCAAGGCUCGACCUCAUCUCGUCGUUCCCAUGCAAGUCAGGCAAGGACCACAACAUCCGAGCGAAGUUUCAGCACAGACUUGUCAGAUGCUUUGAAGAGGACUGACGCCCACGGCCGCAAAUCGAAGAAGCACCCACAUCGGCAUCGUCGCGACACCGAUGAGAGCGAGAAGAGUACCAUCGGAAGGAGUAUUCUAGGCUUUAAUCCUUUUGCGAAGCCCGAUAAGUCCGUCAAGCCACCGAUCAAAAGUGCUCGGCUAGGUAAAUCGGAACUGGGACCCUACGCUUGGGAGAAUCGAAUGCCUAGGUGGCUGCACGAUCAGCUGGAUGCCGGCCCCAAGAUUACUGCCGUCAACCGCAUCGGCCGAGAUGGCCGCCUCAUCAAGCAUGAUCAGGUGCAGAACGAGACGCCAGGCAUCAUUCCCAUCCUCGCGCAACUAUCUGCUCUUGAUCGGACCGUGAAGGAAGCAUAUUACUGUCAUCCAUCGACACUCCACGUCGGUAAAACCCCAAGCGAAGGUGGCUUCUGCGGUUACCGGAACAUACAAAUGCUGCUAUCCUACAUCCAAGGCGCCAAGGCUCAAGGCUACGAAGAAUUCCCAGGACGGCUGCCGACUAUUCUGAAGAUGCAAGAUCACAUUGAAGAUGCUUGGGAUAAAGGCAUCAACUCAAUCGGCCGUGUCCAGACUGGUGGUAUACGUGAUACCAGAAAGUACAUUGGCACACCAGAGGCUCAAGCCUUUUUUCUCAACUCGGAAAUUAACUGCGCUGUAGAGCAGUUCAGCGACAAUAAAGAUCGCGCCAUUGCGGCCCACGAGCUACUUCUCGCCGCCAUGGAACGAUAUUUUGCGCGAGCGGCUGCCAGCGACGGAUCCAAUGUCUCCAAGACUCUUUUACCGCCUAUCUACCUUCAGCAACCAGGACACUCGAUCAGCAUUGUCGGUUUUGAGCGCCGCUUUGACGGCUCAUGCAAUCUGGUCGUCUUCGAUCCCAUGUAUCUCACGAGUCCUGCGAUGCAUAAGCUGCUUGGUCGGAAAAGCAUCAGGACAGCUCGACCCGAGGUUCUGUACGCAUAUCGUCGCGGAGCUGGGAAGCUUAAGAAAUACGCUGCUUACGAGAUUCUGAUGCUCACUGCAUCACCGCCUUUGUUUCCCGCUUGGGAUGUACUUCGUCAAUUCCCCGAGUGCCGCUUCGUGUACGUCUUCUUCCGUGCACGCACCCUCGGAUACGACGUGUAUCCAGAAGACUAUUUCCUACGAAACUUUCCGUGGCAACAGUACGGCGGACUGUGGUCUUGCGACGAUGCUCGAGCUGCAACACCUCGCGCUAUGAGCCCUGCAAUGGGUCUCAUCGACAAGGUUCUCUUGGGUCCUCAGCAGAUGCGUAACGGAUGCCGCACUCCAUCAGCAUCCUCGCAAGUCAUUACCGGUCUCGCGAGUCCUCCAGCCAGUCCAUCACGAUGUGUAUCUCCGCGUACGACCAUGCUGAAGAAGUUUGCCGGAGAGCAAGGUUACCAAGACCUAUCGCCAAAGUCCAUGCAGGAUCUAAGGCUUGAACUCGAAGUCCAUCCCAGCGCUCGCAAUCACAACGCAUACCCAGCGUCUCCUCCUUUAUCUAUUCGCUCUUUCUCGUCAGCUUCCCACCGUCAGCCGGCAUCGCCUUCUUUUGCUAUCGCCAACGGCGUGGAGUCGGAGGCAACGUCACCUAUUGAUCCGUCCGGUACCAUGCUCUUCUACACAUCUAAUCGCAGCGUCGAUUCGGGCCUACUCGGCGUCUGCCCGCUUUCUGAACCCCAGGUCGCUGAGUACAGAUUCUGGCGUCCCUGCGGGAGACGCAUCUGUGGUUUUGGAUGCGGAGGUGCGAAUGUAGGCGAGGCGGCAGCCGCAAAGCGGCUGUUUCGACAAGCCGAGGAGGUCAUCCCUGAGAUGGAGGACGAGGUUGAUAAUGACGAUGCAGGAAUGACGCAGAGUGAAGAGCACGAGUAUGGUCUCGAUGGCCAGGCCGACAACAGUACGAGUGAUGCAGGUCAUGCCAAUGGAGACGGCAAGUUCAGCACGAGCACUUGGGCCGGUCGUCGACUGGUGAUGGACUGGAACCAGUUCUUGUCAGGCUGCGAGAGGGAUGGCAUUGCGCAAUUCUGA